CUUCCACAACAGAAUAAUAAAUAGUGGUAGCUACGUUUAGCUAGAAGCAAGCUAGCUAGCUACAUCAACUAUCUUGGUUUCACAAGAUAAAUGAGCGAUUUCACACUACUAACUAAGUGCAUUGUAAUGAAAAUAUAAUGACUGCAUUGGACACUUCUGUUGAACAAAAAUCUAUUGGAAAAUGUUUGCUGUAUAACUGGGUAGAGGAGCGGGCCACUGCCGUCCUUGACAAUGAGAGGCCCAGAGCGCACAUCCACAAAAAUGGACAUAAAGGGAUUCUCACCAUGGAUCUGUCAUCCAAAGUUCAAGGUGUCACCACAGUGAAUGCUGCUUUCACCCCUCCCAGGGGUCAUGGGGUGAGACAAAGAGGCCUCAGAGGAGAACUUUUGGAAAAUGAUCUGCUCAAGAAAAUAAGUGAGCAGACACAUGCAGAAUUUAAUCCUGAGCCUCCCAAAACAGAAUUCUGCUCCACUACCAAAGAGGACUACAAAGUUGAAGGCUUUCUGCCUUCCCUGCCUUCACCACUAAAGGUGCAUGACUACAAAAGCGAUCAGGCAAUUACCUUUUGGAGUGAGAAUCAUCAUCAGAUACAGGGUGUGACAGCGGUGAGAACCAGGGAUACCCCAUUCAAGAAGAAUGCCACCUUCAGCACACCUAUCAGUGAACACAUGGAUGACAAGCCUAUUCUGUACACACCGGAGAAUUAAGCUGUUACUCAUUGGACACAGUGGUAUUAAAUUAUUGUUCCAUAAUAUUGUGUAUGAAUAUUGCUCUGUUUAUCAUUUCAAUUAACUAGUCUCUGCACUGUAUAUGAAUUGCAAAAGUACUGCACAAAUGAUUUAACACAAGCAGACAGAUGAAUGGUUUUGAAUUGUAACUUUAUCUCAGGGUCCUUGUCUCCUUGCAGAAUUACAGUUGUUGUUUUUUUUAUUCAUACCAGAGCUUUGUAUUAAGAAUAUUCUCUCUGUUUGUUCAUGCUUUUAUUUUUGUUUGUAGGUUAUUUUCUCCUAUGGUCUUUUUCUCAAACCUUUGCAACUUGUAAUUACCACAAAUGAGCAGUGCUGAACAACAGAAAGCCACAUGUUCCACUUUCCUCUGUGCUGGGCAAAAAUGGAUCUGGCUAUUGUCCUUGGACAAAUGGCAAGAAAACCAUUUGUUUUUUGAGAUGAGGAAAGUGUUUUUCCAACGUUAAAAAGAGAGGCACACAGAACCCUCCGCCUUACAGAUGUCAGAAAUAUUGAUGUUCAUAUUGAUGUUCAUGCAGCCUCCUCACUUUAGAGAGCAUGGCUCUGAUUCAGAUUCGUGUUCUGUCAAUCAAGAGACAUAUCUACAUUGUGUCCCUCUCUCCUCUUGCUUUCAGCAGAGAUUAUGAGGAGGUAGCUAUGGCAACAAGUAAUUUUAGACUACAUUUAUGCAAAUUAUCCCCCAAAACAUUUCCUUACCUCAUGGGAUUAGAGGGGGAAACAAUUGAUGUCUGAAACAGAUGACAUUUAGCUACUUCCAGCCAAGUGAAAUAUAUUGCAUAUAAUUGUUUUAAUUCAAAUUAACUGUGAAAAAGUAAAUAUUUCCUUGAAUAAAUUUGGCUACUAAUUUUCUUCCAUGAUUCAAUUAAAUUAAUAAUGUAUGUUUUGAUCUAUACAUAACUGUGUAUUUAUUUAAGUUUAUAAAACAUGUAUUACAAUACUUCAUUCUCUGUAUUUCCCUGUGAAGGGAGCACUGCUCUGAGUUAUUCAAAUGAAUGUAGUGCUUUUGUCAGAGGAGACAAAUGUUGAACCAUCUUAUGAACUAUGUGCUUGUGAUACAGUAGGCCUACAUACCUGCAGUAGAAAUUCCUUCAAUGCAUUCCCCCGUCAAAAGUUCCCUUCUUGGUUGUUGUUGUCUCUCCUCCCAAAUUGUAUCAAAAAUGCUAAUGGCGUUCUUCACCCUCCCUUCAACUCUCUUCAAAAGAUAAAACCAGGAGCCUUUGAUGACUCAACAAUUA